AGAGCCCCCCCAUUCGCUCAGAGAAUCCCAUCAAAACAACAAUAACAGUAAGUACCAUCAUCAUCGACCCAAUGAACCCAACCUUCUUCCUCUUCUCACUAUUUCAAUCCCCUCACUUCGCUUAAUCUCUCCCUCUCACUUUCUCUGUCCCUGUCCUCUACUGUUUCUUUCUCUCUCUCAGCCUGAUUUCUCUCCCUUGAUCAUCAACCCUAAAGGAGCUCCACCAUGUCCCUCGAAGAUUCUCUAAGAUCUCUUUCCCUGGACUACCUCAACCUCCUCAUCAACGGCCAGGCCUUCAGUGACGUCACCUUCAGCGUCGAGGGUCGUCUCGUCCACGCUCAUCGAUGCAUCCUCGCUGCUCGAAGCCUCUUCUUCAGGAAAUUCUUCUGUGCACCGGACCCUCCGUCGGGGUUAGACCCGGCCAGCUCUCGGGUCAACUCGGCUGCCUGCGGCCCGAGGCCUGGGAUCAUUCCGGUGAACUCAGUCGGGUACGAGGUAUUCCUGUUGCUUCUUCAGUUUCUGUACAGCGGCCAGGUCUCUAUUGUGCCUCAGAAGCACGAGCCCCGGCCCAAUUGUGGCGAGCGAGGAUGUUGGCACACGCAUUGCACCUCCGCCGUUGAUCUUGCUCUCGACACUCUUGCUGCCGCCAGAUCUUUUGGCGUCGAACAGCUUGCAUUGCUCACCCAGAAACAGUUAGCGAGUAUGGUAGAGAAGGCGUCCAUUGAAGAUGUAAUGAAAGUACUGGUAGCAUCAAGAAAGCAAGACAUGCACCAGCUGUGGGCCACUUGCUCCCACCUCGUUGCCAAGUCAGGUCUCCCGCCCGAAGUCCUCGCCAAACACCUUCCCAUCGACGUCGUUGCUAAGAUUGAAGAGAUUCGUCUCAAAUCCUCCUACAUUCGCCGCUCUCUAUUGCCCUAUCACCACCCGGAUAUCCGCGUGGCCGACCUCGAGGACCAGAAAAUCCGGCGAAUGAAGAGAGCACUGGACUCCUCGGAUGUCGAGCUGGUUAAGCUGAUGGUAAUGGGGGAAGGCUUAAAUCUAGACGAAGCAUUGGGCUUGCACUACGCCGUAGAGAAUUGCAGCCGAGAAGUGGUGAAAGCAUUGCUGGAGCUUGGGGCGGCCGAUGUCAACUAUCCAGCCGGGCCUUCCGGGAAAACUCCGCUUCACAUUGCAUCAGAGAUGGUAUCGCCGGACAUGGUGGCAGUGCUCUUGGACCACCAUGCUGAUCCGAAUGUCCGGACCGUCGAUGGUGUGACCCCACUCGACAUCCUCAGAACCCUAACUUCAGAUUUCCUUUUCAAAGGGGCUGUACCUGGGCUAACCCACAUCGAACCCAACAAGCUGAGGCUGUGCUUGGAACUGGUUCAAUCGGCGGCUCUAGUGAUAUCUCGCGAAGAAGGAAAUGCGAAUCCUCCCACAUCAACGGCCAUAUAUCCGCCACUAAGUGAAGAUCAUAGCAGUGGGAGCAGCAGCAACCUGAACCUGGACUCUAGGUUGGUUUAUCUGAAUCUGGGUGCGGCGGCUUCGGGUCAAAUAGUUUCCAGACUGGACGGAGAUGACGAUAGCCACAGGGAUCCCAUGAACCGUCAUGGUUCGCAAGGAGGCGGAUGUGACCCAACAAUGUACCACCACCAUCACUCCCAUGAUUUUUAGCUAUAAACUGAGAAUGAUAAUUCUAUGAAAUCUACUCAUAUAUAUAUAUAUAUAUAUGAAUUUAGAAUAGAAUUUAGUUGCCAACCAUGGGUGUGGAAAGAGAGAGAGAGAAGACACGAGUGGAUGGAUGAAUGAUGGAUGGAUCGUAGAAAUUUCUUCGAUGGUCAGUUGAAAUAUUCACCGGGUCACUGGCCUUUUCGGCUCGCUGGUUUGUGCGAGCCGUUUUUUUAAUGUUUUGGUUGGUGUUUUUGUAGGCAUUUGAAUGGUCAGAAUUCAGGAACGGAAGUGCAGUUUGGUAGGGGGGAGGGAUGAGAGAGAGAGAGAGACAAGAGGAAUCUAAUAAGUUUUUUUUUUUUUUAAUAAAGAGGGCUCAACGGAGACGACGAGACGCAGGUCAAUCUUUUCAUCGCUAUUCCUUCUCCUGUCAACUCCUUGCUUUGUAUUUACUGACCCCUAGCUCAGCUAAUUUCACGGCCAAUUUAUUGUGCUCC